GCUGUCCGGCGAUCGGCGCGCCAAAGUGCGGCGACAGGCGUCGCGAAUUCGCUCCUCGCGACUUCGGCUCCACUCGGUCGGUUCCGAGCGCCGGCCGGAAGAAUUCGCCAGUAUGCGCCGCGCUGCCUUGCCGGCAAGUCGUACGUAGAGACGGUAGGUUUCCUUUGCCUCACAUCCGCCGUAUACGAGACGUCGUCAUUUAUUUCGAGUCGCAAAAGCGAGCGAUUUCGCGCGCAUCUUCGCAAAUCCCCUCCCCCCCCCCUAUCUCUCUCUCACUCGCUGUCUGUCUUUCUCUUUUCGUGUCGAGCGGGGGUGAAAACGCGACUGUCGUCGCGAGAGACAGACACGGACUCUCUCGUCCCGAAGGAGACUCGUCCACGUGUGUCCACGCGAGAAAGUUGUCGCGCAGAGCGACAGCGCUCGCCCGACGAUCCCGCCGAGGAUCCGAGGGUAUAUCCGAUGAGAGAUACGAGGAGAAACGUUCCGCCGAGAGCAACGAGAGCACCGAAGAUCACCGUUAACGCGACCGCGCCAUCCGCGACAUACUUCAGGGAGGUGGAUCGCGUCGCCAGCCGGACAAGGAGAGAAUCAAGCCGCGGCGGCGAGCAGCCAUCAUCGUCAUCGUCAGUGACGACGUAGAAGUAGAGUAGACUCGCUCGGCUCGUGCUGGCGGGCCAAGUUCCUAUCAAAACAUGGCCACGUGACCCCCGGACGGCACGGCUUGUAAACACAGAGUUUGACCACGUGGUCUGCUCCCUCUUUCCGCCGCGUCGUGCGCCUAUCAUCGUUUCUCUCUCUCUCUCUUCGCAUCACUGGCUUCGCUCUCUCCUCCUCUCUUUCUCUCUCUUUCAAUCUGUCGCUCUUUCUCGCCCGCUGCCGCUGUUAUCGCCGUCAUCGUCACCGUCUCCGUCCGUCGUUCUCCUUCUACGACUCUCUCGCUCGCUCGCGCGCGCUCUUUCGGCACGCAGAACACCGGAAUCCUCAGUUGGUUCAUCGCCGCCGCCAGUCGCACGUGAGGGCACGAUCGCCGUCGAACGUCGUCGUCGCUCGGCACGACAGAGUUCCCGCGCUCCAAUCCGCGCCUUUCAUCGCGGCCGCCCGUCGUUCGCGCUCGAUCCCGGUUCGUCCCUCUUCGUGGUGAUGUGUCGAAGAAUCGCAGUGACAAGUACCAAGUACGACGCACAUUAUUAAUUAAAGACUCGAACGCGAGGACGAGCGAGGACAUACGAAGGUCAUCUCUUCCCCCACAUACGUAUAUACAUCUGUAUCUAGUGAUAGUGCGAACCGAAACGCAAUCUGGAUCGUCUCCCUCCUCGCGCGCGAAACAGUUCUCUCGGUGUCGAUCUAACCUCCAAUAUGAUGGAUUCGGUUCCGGUCUCGGCUACGGGGUCGAUGACCCCGUCGCAGCAGCAGCAGCAGCAAGCGCAGAAGAAGGGUGUCUCCUUCGAGUUCUCGACCUCGCCGGAUCUGGAGACCGGCUUCGAGCCACAGACCAGAGCACGCUCUAACACAUGGCCGUUGCCGCGACCCGAGGGUUACGUCGAGGGCAACGCGCCCGCCGGCAAGGAGGGCGCCGAGGGCGGCACGCCGCCCCAUCAAAAUCAGCUGGCACAGGGCGGCCUGCUGACGGUGAAGAAGAACUCGUCGAGGAGGAACGCCUGGGGCAAUCUCAGCUACGCCGAUCUGAUCACGCAGGCGAUCACCAGCGCGCCCGAUCAGCGGCUAACCCUGUCGCAGAUCUACGAAUGGAUGGUCCAGAAUGUGUCCUACUUCAAGGACAAGGGUGACAACAACAGUAGCGCCGGUUGGAAGAAUUCUAUACGUCACAACCUGUCGCUGCACAGCAGGUUUAUGCGGGUGCAGAACGAGGGCACGGGCAAGAGCUCCUGGUGGAUGAUCAAUCGCGACGCCAAGCCAGGCAAAUCCGCCCGUCGCAGGGCCACCACCAUGGAGAGCACCGGAAGUCUGGAGAAGCGACGCGGACGCUCGAAGAAGAUCGCCGAGGCGCUGAGGAACGGACUGUUAGCCGAGCCCACGUCCAGUCCCAGCAGCAGCGUCGGCGAGGGCUUAGACUUGUUCCCGGACAGCCCCCUGCCCCCCGCCAGCGGAUUUCAACUUUCCUCUUCCGACUUUCGUCCUCGCGCUUCGAGCAACGCCUCUUCCUGUGGCCGAUUGAGUCCCAUUCCGGCGGUUCUCGGCGAACCGGACUGGACACCGACCUACGCGCCUUCCUACAGCCCGGAACAACAAUUAGACACGAUCCUAGCGGGCAACCUGGCGGAGACGAUGAAACUGGAACCCUACCAAAUCUAUCAGACGUCACCGCCGACCAGUCACCAGCAGCAGACCGGACCGCCGCCACCUUACUACGAAGCGCAAUACCAGAGGAACAACGGCCUACGCACCCCGUCGUCCGCGUCCUUCAGUCUGCCACCCACCCCGCAGUCGGCCAAUCAGCAGAGAUGCCCGAUCCACGGUCUCCAGCCGUGCGCCUGUCAGAUGAAUCUGAGCCCCGGCAUGUCACCGUCUGGUAUGUCACCUUCGUAUCAGCAGAGCGAGCCCAGCCCUACGACGCUGGGCAGCAAUCAGCAACAGACCUUGCAAUAUAUGAUCCAGACGCAACAGCGUCAACAGCAACAGCAGCAACCGCAGCAUCAGCCGGCGCAGACUGGACCAGCCGGACCCAGUCCACCCAACACCCCAACACCCUGUCCCGCCACACCCAGCACCAUGAUGGGCCAGCUGAUGGGCGCGCUCAAUCAUUCCGCCCUCCUUGAUGAUCUCAACAUCAACAUCGAGGCAAUGCACGGCGGCUUCGACUGCAACGUCGAGGAGGUGAUUAAGCACGAGCUGUCGAUGGGCGGCACGCUGGACUUCAAUUUCCAGCAGGGGGUGAUGGGCACGGUGCAGGUGAGCGACGGCAACGUCGUCGGCCAGAACGGCGGCGUCGUCACCCAGAACACGGGCGUCGUCGUCGGGACGACGAGCGGCAACGCGCCCGCGGGCGUCUACGUCAGCACGAACGCGGCCACCCCCGCCGCGACCCCCUCGUGGGUUCACUAGCAGUUAACCCCCCUGCCCUCGACACCCCCGUCGUCCUUGCCGAUGCCGCCGUUGUCCGUUGACGGAUCGCUGGAUAACUUCCGCGGGACGACCGAAGGGCAGCUCAUCGAUGUUCGGCAUACCGAGGACGAAAGGGUGAACCGACGAUUUGUGAUAAGAUAUAGACAUAACGAUGCCAGAUCACGACGAAAUACGUACUUCAAAAAUGCCAAUUUACGCUAGUGCAAUUGUGGUGCAAGAAAAAAACUGAAACGCUGCGUGCGCGAUCAACGUCGGCGAGGGCUUCAUCAUCGCUUCAUCGACAGCCUCCUCGACUACUUCCACAGCGGAGUUGCUGCUCAAAAUAAGUUGGAGACGAUUUAUUUUGCUGGCGACGAUUACGAGAUUAUGAGCUCUCGCGAAUUUGUAAACGUUUUUUCAUAAUAGAUUAUUCGACUAGAUCUGAUAUUGAAUGAAAAAAAUUUACUUCUGUUUAUUUCGUUGCGAAAAUUAUUUUAAUAAUUAACUUUUAAAUUUUCCGGAGGAAGCGACUUUUUUUUUUUCUUUUGUUUUAUUUAAGAAACCCAACGUUAUUAAAGAUUAAAAGAUCAUCUUCAUUUUUAAUCGAUAAGCAAUGAGAUAUGGAUUCAAAGUUAUUUCUUUAAAAAUAAUUUAUUUUAAUGUGAAAUAUUUAUAGAUUUUUUCGCGAUAUCCGGAUUUUAAGGGUUAAUUUGUAUUCGAAUAUUAUUAAUUAUUCCAUAAUGAGAGUGUUAUACUUAACAAGACAUUCAAAUAACGUGUUGCUCAAAGAAACUCUGCCGAUCCAUUUCGAUGAUAUUACAAUAUGCGACUUGCUGUUAACGACAACUGCGAAUGCGAAAGUGCAUCACGUCGAAUCGUGAUCACGGACCAUCGAAGAAGGAUUUUCAGAGCCCGUAACCUCGCGUGCAUCCCGAUUCACGAAGCGUCUCCGACAUUUGAAAUCGAGGGCUCGAACCGCCAAGACACGUCAAAUCGCCAAACACGAAUAACAUUUAAGCGCGCGCACGCGCACUUAGGUGGCUUCGAUAGAUUAAAUUCGCUGAAAAUAGGCGCCGGUUUAAGUUUCUCCGCGUGAUCCCUUCCGCGCGAUUUCCUCGAAGGACCUUCCGAGAGAGAGAGAGAGAGAGAGAGAGAGAGAGAGAGAGAGAGAGAGAGAGAGAGAGAGAGAGAAAGAGAGUCCUUUUCGAUCCCGCGAUCGGGCGGCAUCCAAGUCAAUUUUUAAAGUUUAAGACGCGUCGGUCUGGGUUAAAUUUAGAUUUCACGGCGUUUCUCGGCGAAAAUCGCGUUCCUGCGCGAGCACGCCGCGCACUUGCUAUAAUCGAAUAAUUGCGUACGUAUAAUUAAUAUACAUAUUAUUAAUUUGUAAGGACACGGCGGUGAGAAGUGCGGGUGGGGGGCGGAUAAAGGGGACGAUGAAAGAGCUUAGGGCUCGCCGACGUACAAGGCCGUGUGCGUACAACGAUCUCUGUCGUCUGUAAAAGUAAAAACCUCAUAACGCUCUAAGGUCGCCGCACAAUGCGCCCUUUUUUAAUUAGUACAUUUAUACUUCUCGUCGCUUUUAAACGUGAUUUG